AUGCCUUCAAUGAAGAGUUCCCUCGCCCUUUUGCUGGCCCAAGCUCUUUUGGCUACUAACCAAGCGAACGGUGCGAUAGUGAAGCGACAGUGCCCGGGAAUUCACGUCUUUGGAGCUCGUGAAACAACAGUAUCGGCAGGAUAUGGCUCUUCCGCCACUGUUGUAAACUUGAUCAUUGCCGCCCACCCCGGAACUACCUCUGAAGCUUUGAACUACCCAGCUUGCGGUGGCCAGGCUUCUUGUGGCGGUGUCCAAUACAAUGCUUCUGUUGUGGCCGGCAUCAAUGCCGCGGUCACGGCCAUUGACAACUUCCACACCUCUUGCCCAGAUACUCAGCUAGUGUUGGUUGGAUACUCGCAGGGUGGCCAAGUCUAUGACGAUGUGGUAUGUGGAGGAGGUGACCCAGGCGAGGGAUACAGCAACACUGCUGUUCCAAUCUCCGCAUCAGCAGCCGCUGCUAUCAAGGCCGUGAUCCUGAUGGGAGAUCCUCGUAACAUUGCCGGACUGCCAUACAACGUUGGAACCUGCAAGGCUGGAGGUUUCGAUGCCCACAAUGCUGGCUUUCAGUGCGCCGCCGCGUCCAAGGUCCAGUCAUACUGUGAUGCCGCAGACCCUUACUGCUGCAACGGAAACGACCCCAACACUCACCAAGGCUACGGCACAGAAUACGGCUCGCAGGCUCUCGCUUUUGUCAACAGCAAGCUCUCCGGCGGCGGCGGCAGUGGCCCGACGUCGACGCCGCCCUCAGGCCCGACCAGCACUGGAAGCUCUCCCACCGCAACUCAGACUCACUACGGACAGUGCGGUGGAAUCGGCUACUCUGGCCCUACUCAGUGUGGUGGCGGCUACACUUGCCAGGUCCUGAACUCUUACUACUCCCAGUGCUUGUAG